AUGGUUUUCUUCUUGCUUUUCGCGGCCGCAAACGGAAGUGAAGCCGCCGAAGGAACGUCGAGGAAGCCAUUUUCAACGCCGACAUCGCAGAGCAUCAGACAUCACAGGAAGCACAGCAGCAGCGAGAAGCAGCAGAAGAAGAAGAAGAAGAAGAAGAGCCGCCAGCUAACAGAAGAACUACCUGACUUCCGACUGAGCUCCCCCGAGCCUUGUGACCUUGGACAUUACCCCCGCCUUAGCUCGCUUGCCGCUUGUCAUACAAGGCCGCAAGUUGAUAUCAAAGUCUUCAACACCCAUCACCAGCCGAUAAGCGGUAGCAAAAUGCAGGCCAUACCAGAUGCCCGUCAUCAGACGUUCGAGGAGAUCUAUGGGCCUCCCGAGAACUUUUUGGAGAUCGAAGUGAGGAACCCUCAGACGCACGGCACAUCUCGCAAUAUGUAUACGUCGUAUGAAAUUGUCUGUCGGACCAAUAUCCCAGCGUUUAAGCUGAAACACUCUGUUGUUCGUCGCCGAUACUCAGAUUUCGAAUACUUCCGAGAUAUACUGGAAAGGGAGAGCGCACGAGUCACGAUACCGCCACUUCCAGGAAAAGUGUUCACAAACCGCUUCAGCGACGAUGUGAUCGAACACCGUAGGGAAGGGCUUCAGCGGUUUUUGCAAAUAGUAGUCGGUCACCCCCUGCUUCAGACUGGAAGCAAAGUUCUGGCCAGCUUUGUACAAGGUAAAUAUCUACCCUUAUCUAUAUGA